AUGGGCACUUUGACUUCGUGGCUAGAUGUACCAGAGCUGACGAAUGCGUCAGGCGUUGGCCACUACACAACUACUUUCACCUGGCCUCCUGCAUCUGGACAGGCAGAUGGAGCAUAUCUAUCUCUUCCUCCUAUUGAUAAUGCUCUACUACUGCGUAUCAACGACAAGGACGUGCUCCUGCUUGAUCACGCUCGGCCGAUAGCUGACAUGACACAAUUUCUCAUAGAAGGUGAGAACAGAGUCCAGAUCAUUGUGCCUACAACCAUGUGGAACUAUAUCAGAACGGUUGCUUCAGACAUUAUGUCAUCAGCCGCCCCAAAUGUACCAUAUGUGAUGGACAAGGAAAUGGGCAUCCCUAUGCCUGGUAGGGUGAGCAACGGGUUGCUUGGGCCUGUGGUUGUUAUUCCUAUUAUCUCUGUAGUAGUUUAA